AUGGAGGAACUUCCUGAAGGCUUGCUUUCUACUACAAAGACUCUCCCAUCGUCGUUUGAUGAUUCGAUGCCAGUGCAUGUUCAGGACAUUACGCUCUUAUGGAAAGCCUACAAUGUCAAACCUUCAGCGCUCGAAGGGAUCAUUGGAUAUCGAUUGGCGAACUUCUUUUGGAGGAUUUGGAGUAAUGACUGUCUUCGCAUUUCUCUUCCCGGCGCGACUGUGGCCAAGUUGUUUAUGCGCAUCUCUGGGUCUACUGCAUCAAAAGUUCCAUCGAACACAAAUCCAUCUCUGAGGAAGAACAAGAGUGAGGGGAAGUUACCAGAGCGUCUCAACAACCGGGCAGCUCAUAGAGGGCCUCUGCAGUCCAUUUUGAAGAAACCCAACGCCGCUCCGAAAGAAACACAUAAAACGGCCCGUUGGCUCAUAACAGACGACACUGACAAUAGCAGCACUUGCGAAGCAGUAAACUCAGCAACUCCAACAACUGCUAGCGCUUCUGCGACAGAUGUGCCUACUAGUCACCAUAGUCACAAGAAGACUCAAUUUGUCGCGAGUAAGACAGCAAAAGGGUCGAAGCGGCGACCCGUCAUCCUUCGUCGCAAGUCCUCUCAGUCGACCUCUGGUGUCAAGUCCACUCGGACUCAAAGCCCGCAGCGUGGAGCUUUCACAAAGAGAGCAGAGAAGGCAGAGGGAUAUGUCGAGCCCGAGGUACUCUUGCCGGAGCGAGAGGUUACUCGCAGCCCGUCUCCGGAACUGAGAGAAGCCAUACCGCUGCCAAAACACUUUGAAGAAAUCAUGCCAGGAGAACAGCCUGAGUUGCCACCGAGUUUUCUGACCAAUCUGAAACUCCUUCUCAAGCUGAGGCCACGAACAGCGAGUUACAAAACCGCACCUCUCACCAUGGGGUUCCGGUCCCAGAUUCCCAACAAGUUCCGCGACAUUCGCUACCUGUAUAUUGAAUACUACAGGCUACCACCCCGAGCCAUCGUUCAUGCAGAGUUCCGAGCUCUCUUCCUGAAGAGAAUGUGGGAGGAACAGGUCUUUUUGGCCUCCUUCUUGGAGAAAAAGAAGUUGCAACAGCAGCAGGAAUCCUUCGGUAGCGAGGGAACCAGCCUUAGUACAACCUUUGAGUCGUCAAUCUUUAGCAAUUCGAACGGCAAUGAUUCAACAGCGCCCACCUCCGUCGACGUCUCGAUGACAAGCGAGUACAACGCCAACGCGGCAGAGUCCAACGGCAGCGUCCUUAACGGCGCGGGAGAAAUACCCAGAUCUUUCUUCCAUUAUACGCCCUCGCCGCUAAAACGGCUGGAGAGCCUGCUUGGUAUGGAGAUUGAAGAGCGCCGCAGGAACGGCACGCUCGUAUACGAAGAGAUUGAUCCGGAGGAAGAGAAUUUGGGACCAGUGAAGUUGCCCCGGUGUUACUAUGACACGCUCAGUGAAUGGGACUAUCACGACUAA